AUGGUAGGGUGUCGUGUGCGUGUGUGUCGUUGGUGUGGUGGUGAUGGUGGUGGUGGUGGUGGUAGCGGCGGUUGCGGUGAUGAUGGGGUAGGGGGGGUGGGUGCAGCGUGUUGCUCCGCCCACCGUCUGGCGCUCUCCUGUGUCGCUCGCUGGCUCGCCCGACCCCGUGGAGGAAGCGUGGCUAACUGUGGGGGGGAGGGCCCGCCCGAAGCAGCUAGCGGCAGCGAAAGCGGGGGAAGAAGAAAGCACGGGCGGGAAACCUUUUGCCCUGCUUUGGGGCGUGGGAGCCUCAACUGCCCACUGGACGCGAGCCUCGCGCUUCUGGCUGGGGCUGCGCCUCGACGCCCGCCAUGGGGAAGGAGCGACAGAGACGGAGGGCAGCAGCGAGGGAGCGCGCGGAAAGCACAGGAAAGGAAAGGAAGCCACAACAAACACUACACAGGCACACAUAGACAUACACACACACACACAUCGCUUCCCUCCUCCCGCCCUCGACCCCUCGCCCGCGCCCUCGCCCUCGCCCUCACCCUCGCCCACGCCGUCACCCUCGCCCACGCCGUCACCCUCGCCCACGCCGUCACCCUCGCCCACGCCGUCACCCUCGCCCUAUUAGCCGUGCGUGUGUGUCUUGCUACCAAGUUCCGCCAUUCCCACUCGAUGCAGGGCCAGCCGUCCACUCACCAACACCCCAUCCCUCCCACCCCCCCGCAAUCAGCCUCCUCGUCCACCAGCACUGCCCGUCGUCUUCCCAUCUCGUAUGCCCUGACAGCUUCCCACCUCGCUCCCCCCAAGACGCGCCUCGCCCAGCUGCUGCCCGCUCUCGCCAUAUGCAAGACGCCCUCGCCCAGCCCUCCCAUCCGCCCCGGUGCGAGUUGA